AAGAUAAUUCGUUUUCUACAGGACCAUACAUCCAUACCAAACCAUUUCAGAGUUCAGAGUUGCUCCUCCUCUUUUCCUUCUUGAUGGUACCAUCAACGCCCUGUUCCGUCUUUGUCAUUUACUAAACGUAAAAUAUUGAAAAUAUUUUUUAGGGAAUUGAGGCAUUGGAUACCAACGCUUAUGCAGCUGCAUAAGGAAUAAUAAUUUUCUUUUGAAAGUUACCAUCUGCAAGGUCAAAAUGGAGAAUGUUGGUAAUAUUGGUUGCCGUAAACGUGUGGCAGGGAACCAUUAUUCGGCAGAAGAACAGGCUUUGGAUCAGAUAGCAAAAGAGGCAGAGUCUAGGCUUGUAGCAAGAAGGCUUGCUAGGGCUGAAGCACGUGAAAUUCGAAUGAGAGAACUUGAAAAACAGCAGAAAGAAUUGGAGGAAAAUGCUGAUCGUCAGUUUACUGCUGAAAGUGGCAUGGAAACAAACUCAAAAUUACAAGUAAAUAGAACUGUUAGCGCUGGUGUAACUUCAGCAGGAAAUAGACCAAUGCUUGGAACAUCAGCCAGUUUCCAGUCCAGUCGCAGAGGUUCAGAAGACUCUAUAGAUGAUAUCCCUGGACAAUCAAUGACAUUAAGAGAUCUUCGGCAAGAACUUAAGGAACUGGAAGAGAAAUUCCGAAAAGCAAUGGUUCAAAAUGCCCAAUCAGAUAAUGAAAAAGCUUCCUUGAUGUAUCAGGUGGAAUUACUGAAAGAUAAGAUUGAAGAUAUGGAUGAAGCAUAUGCUCUACUUCAAAAAGAACACAAAGAUAAGCAUCGCGAGUGCGAAGACUCUAAGAGAGAUAUGGCGAGAAUCCAGCAAGAGCUUAAUUAUAACAGGUAUCUUCUUGAGGAACGUGAUAAAAUGAUUCAGGAACAUGGAUUAGUUAUGAUCGGCGAUGACGAGGAGGGUGAUGACAGCGGACCUACUGCCGUAGCCAAUACUGUAAAGAAAGUCUUAGUUUCAGCGGAUGUAGCUGCGUUGUUGGGAAAGGCCGGUGAUGGAUCUCUCGACGUACGGAUUCGUCGACUGACUGAAGAGAAAAACGAGUUAUGUGACCAGCUACGACGACUGAAACUGGACUUAGAAGAAGAGCGCACAAAAUCUUUAUACAGAGAACGGCUUCUUUCUGGCUCUGCGAUUGGCUUGACUAAUGGUCCCGCUGGUGAUCUUACGGAAUGGCAGAAGGAAGCAGUUACCAAACAGGUUAAUGACUACAAGAUCAAACUUCAGAAAGCUGACCAAGAAAUUGCAACUCUUCAAGCAACGGUUGCUCGUCUAGAGACGCAAGUGACUCGCUUCAGGGUGGCUGCAGAAACGCUGGAAAAGUCUGAAGACGAACUAAAAGCUGAAAAGCGUAAACUUCAAAGAGAGCUAAGAGAGAGCCAAACAAAAAUGGAAGAACUUGAGACCUCGCAUAAUCAUCUGCAGCGGCGGUUGGAUAAGUUGAAAACCGCAAAAUCGGCUCUUUUAAAAGAAAUCUGAAUUCAGACUUUCCAAACUUUACUACCUAGCCUUAUACUCGUUAUUUAUUUUCGUUGUACGAUGAAUUAAAAGACAAUACCUUUGGUCGCCGUACUUCCCUUUGAUGAUUUCUUUUUGUGCGAGAGACGCAUUUAAUAAGCCAGUGCUCUUUAUGUCAGUUUAUUGUGUGCUAGUGAAUGUUUUGCUUAAUUUAAUCAAUUAAAGCAGUUGAUCUUAGUCGCCAUAUGUUUGAGAAGGAUACCGUAUUCUUUUUCUUUUUUUUUUUUUUCUGUGCGGAAAACCCGCUGGCGUCUUUAACUGAAUAACCAAAUAACUAUAAAUGGUGUUUUCAAUGUGUUUGUGGCAUUAAAAAAAGCAGAUUCUGUAAUGUGAAAAGUGAAAUGAUUGUGAUACAUUGAAUCGAAUUAUA